AUGCCUGCACCGCCUAUUCUUGACUUCUCAGUGUUCUACGGCGACGACGAGGUUGCAAAAGAAAAGUUGGUGGAAGAAGUCAAGAAAUGCUGCCUCGACAACGGCUUCUUCCAGAUUGUGGGACACAGAGUGCCUGGCGAACUUCAGGACAAAGUCCUGCAAUGGGUCAAAGACUUCUUUGCCCAACCACAAGAAGAGAAAGAUAGAGUACACAAGGACUUCAAUACCUGGAACCGUGGGUAUGAACGCAUUGGCUCGCAGAUUCUAGAGCAAGGAACCAACCCAGAUCUCAAGGAAGGGUACUUCAUUGGCGAGGAGAUCUCCACAGAUCAUCCGUACUUCAUUGGUAAGAAGCUCAACAGUGGACCCAAUCUCUGGCCUGAGACCAUGCCUGAGGUAGACGACUUUCGUGCUACUUCCAUGGAAUACUACACACAGAUGCAUGCGCUGGCGAGAGACGUACUUGCGGUGAUCGCUCAGACGCUUGAUCUCAAGGACGACUAUUUCAAAGAGUUUACAAGCGGCGCAGUGGCAACAUUGAGAUAUCUGCACUAUCCACCUCAACCGGCAGACUCGGACGAGAAAUUGGCAAGGGGAAUUGGAGCUCACACUGACUUCGGCUCCGUCACGUUGCUCAUGCAAGGAGAUGUAGAUGGUCUUCAAGUCUAUGAUAAAGACACCAAUGAGUGGCUUGAUGUCGUCCCUAUCAAAGGGGCUUAUGUCGUCAACUUGGGCAACAUGUUUAUGCGAUGGGCAAACGACAAAUAUAUCUCGAACUUGCACCGAGUCAUCAACAAAUCAGGAAAGGAACGCUACUCUGUUCCCUUCUUUUACAGUGGAAAUCCCGACUACGUGAUUGACUGCCUUCCAAACUGUCGUGGAGAAGGCCAGGCUGCGAAGUAUCCACCAAUCAGUGUGAUGGACUGCGUUGGAGCUAGUUACAAGGCGAGCUAUGGUGCUGCAAAAGUGUUCAAGGAGCAGCCAAAGACGAAGAUGGAGUGUGUCGGUGGUGCUCAGCCCAUUCUUGCUUCGUAAAUACUCUAGG